AUGCUUCUGGGGGCUGCUUACCUCGUGCUGAGUGGUGGCAUCUUCGCAAGCCUCUUCGUUCUGGUGUGGAUGAAGGGGAGGAAGUGGUUUAAGAAAAAGAUCCCUGAAACAAAACCAGAUGACAGUGAUGAUGCCGCUUCGAAAGACACGGUAGAAAAAGGGCUGUCGGUUCGGAACCUUUCCAAAGAGAUCCUGAAUGAUUUCCCACACUCUGUUGCCAUACAGAAAAGAAUUCUAUUAAACCUCAGGAUGGUCGAGUAUAAACUGGAAGAGCUGGAACAAUUCCUAGUUGCACAGGGCUUAAAUGGAGAAUUAGAGUGCCAUUAA